CCCCUUUCGUGCCAUCUGUGCUCGACUAAUUUGGACUGAGGAAACCGCAACAAGGCCAUGUGUUGAGUUGAGAAAAAGCGAUCACCUCUUAACCUUACUUUUAUCGAGAAUCAUUCCCCUUUGCUUGUAUCACUUUUUGGGCCGUUUCCCCCCCAACUACAAUUCUAAGUGAAGACACAUGGACCACCUCUCUUCUUUCGGGAUUGCCUAUUAUGUGGUCCAUGUUCCCCUCAGACGACCCCUUCGAUAAGCCGCCUUGCAGAGGCUGCUCGUCUUACCUCACUGAGCCUUACAUCAAGUGUGCGGAAUGCGGACCUUCACCUUUCCUCCUAUGCCUCCAGUGUUUCACUCGAGGCUUCGAAUACAAGAAACAUCAGAGUGAUCAUAAGUAUGAAAUCAUGACGUCAGACUUUCCCGUUUUGGAGCCCGGCUGGACUGCGCAGGAGGAGAUGGCUCUGCUUGAGGCUGUGAUGGAUUGUGGCUUUGGCAACUGGCAGGACGUGGCCUACCAGAUGCGCAGCAAAAGCAAGGAGGAGUGUGAGAGUCAUUACAUGAAGAACUUCAUCAACAAUCCUCUCUUCUCCUCAACGCUGCUCAGCCUGCGCAAGACCAAAGAUGCUCGCUUUGCGGACAGUGCUAUUCCUUUUAAACCGACCGAAGAUCCACCUCGGCCCACGUUUGACUCUGCGCUGUCUAGGGACAUGGCGGGAUACAUGCCGGCCAGAGCUGACUUCAUGGAGGAGUUUGACAACUACGCCGAAUGGGAUUUGAAAGACAUUGACUUUGUGGACGACGAUUCAGACAUCCUCCAUGCACUCAAACUGGCUGUGGUGGAUAUAUACCAUUCAAGAUUAAAGGAGCGACAACGCAGGAAAAAGAUUAUUCGCGAUCACGGACUCAUCAACAUGCGCAAAUUCCAGGUCCAAGAGCAUUGUUACCCCAAGGAGGUUCAGGACCUCUAUGACAUCAUGAGACGAUUCGCCAGGGUCACGGGACCUGUUGAACACGACAAAUUUAUUGAGAGUCAUGCAUUGGAGUUUGAGCUGCGGCGGGAGAUCCGCAGGCUGCAGGAGUACCGCAGGGCCGGAAUCAAGUCUUCCUGCAGUGCCAAAGUAUACGAACGUGCAAAGCGAAUGCGUGAGGACGAGCGUCACAAACGGACCAUGCUGUGUGACGUGCUGCAGUACAUCCAGGACGGACGAGCGUGCCAGCAGUGGCUCAGCAAGCAGGCCGCCAUAGAUGCUGGCAUCACACCGGCUGUCACAACUAUCACAACAUCAGCAACAGGCAGGAGGAGCGCGCCUCCCCUCAACCUGACCGGGCUGCCUGGUACAGAGAAGCUCAACGAGCGAGAGAAGGAGCUGUGCCAGGUGGUGCGCCUGGUGCCCGGUGCUUAUCUGGAGUACAAGCAGGCCCUCCUGAACGAGUGUCGGCGUCAAGGCGGCCUGCGGCUAGCUCAGGCCCGAGCGCUCAUCAAGAUCGACGUCAACAAGACGCGCAAGAUCUACGACUUUCUCCUCAAAGAGGGAUGCAUCACCAAGGCUUAGCGGCAUGGCGACGCACGCGCCUGUGCAGUUUGUCUCCUUACCUGGUCUUACGCGGUCAUCGCAACAUACUCUACAUGUUACGAUGUGCACCAAGUGUCUUUUCAAGAGAUGGACUUUAACCGGGACUCACUUUCUUUGUGGAUAGCAAAAGCUCUGUAACCACAGGACUGGUCUCAAAGGCGGUAAACUUUCAUGCCAAGGAUGAGCGGGGAUUUUUUUUUCAGUAUUUAAAAUUGUAAACAUUCCAUUGAAUGGGAAUUUAUGAAAACAUCGAAGUAAACCAGUCAUUUACAAAA